AUGGUCGAUUGGACUUCGCCUGCGGAGAUUAGUCGCGAUGCUGACGUUUAUGGAAAGCUGAUAUUCGCUCUUUUCGGUCUUUAUGUCUGGGAGCUCUUCCAAACUUCCGGAUUCGAAUAUUCUAUCAUUACUAUGAAACGCAAGUUUACCUGGCCCUUGGUGCUAUUCUUUUUCCUUUGCAGAUAUUGCUUGCUCGGGUCCUUGAUAGGAUUGAUUAUUUCACUGACCAUCCGCAAUCCGGUCAAUUGCCAGGCUCUGUAUAUCUUCAACUCUUGGGCAGGAAACAUGACAAUUCUCUGUGCUUCCACUUGUCUCAUGCUCAGAACAAUUGCCAUCUGGGAACGCAAGCUCAAAAUUGUGAUACCCCUUUGCCUCCUGUGCCUGGCACAUUGGGUCCUCCUAUGGCGAGGGAUGUUCAUCCUGAAAACUGAGUACUCGCCGUCACAAGACGCGUGCGUCCUGAUCUCGAAUAAUCAUGUCUUCCUCAACGUGACGUUCUUCAUGACGAUGGGCUUUGAUCUCACUAUUCUCGUGUUCACCAUGGCCGCGCUUGUGCCCAAGAAGACACGCUCGGAUUUAUGGACACUACUGUUCAGGGAUGGGCUGGUGUACUUCAUCAUUACGUUCUGCUUUAAUGCGCUUCCUGCCAUCCUUAAUGUCAUCAACCUGAACGGUGGGUAG